AAUAAAUGAAGAAGUGCAAAGAUAAAUACGGCUAAUUUUAAUCAAUUAUCCCACGUCAGUUUCUUUGAUUACAUUAUUGACGGCUGUUGAAAAUGCUGCGCCAUUUAUUCAUAGUUUUAUUAAUGGUCCUCCUAAGGGACUCAAAUUGUGAACAAACGCCUGAGGAGGAGCAGGGCGUGCGCUAUGCAAAUCGCUGCGAAGCCUGUAAAAUUCUUGCCGCCGAAUUGGAAGCGCGAUUGGGCGAGACCGGCAAAUCGCACGACGUCAUUGAAAUUGGCUACUCCGUGGAUGACGUGCGUCCGAAGAAGCGCACCGAAUACAGGCGCAGCGAGUUACGUCUGCUCGAAUCACUGGAGAAUGUGUGCGAGCGUGUGCUGGAGUAUAAUUUGCACAAGGAGCGCACCGAUAGCACACGAUUCGCCAAGGGCAUGUCGCAGACCUUCCAGACGCUGCACGGAUUGGUGGACAAGGGUGUAAAGGUGGAUUUGGGCAUACCCUAUGAGCUGUGGGACAAGCCGCCCGUCGAGGUCACCCAAAUGAAGACACAAUGCGAAAACAUGCUCGAACAAUACGAGGAUGCCAUCAGCGAUUGGUAUUUCAAGGAGCAGCAGCAGAAGUCUCUGCAGCAGCAUCUCUGCGAAGAUCAUGUGCUAAAGCACGCUGAGGAACGUAAAUGCCUCAAGGAACAGCUGACAGAGGAGCAAAAGCCCAAGGGCAAGAAGCGUAAGGCAAAAGGCGACAAGGAAGAGCUGUAGUUGAGCACGUUAGCUAAGUC